UUUCAGACGGCGUGUAGCUCUGUAGAGGUCUUUCUCUGUUUAGGAAUUCAUUGUUUACUUUGAAGAAUGGCAAUGCCUGUACUUUAAAGUCUUUUCAAGUUCAACAGACGCUCCUUCAGAGGUUUGAGAAGCACCUGUACUGAGAAUUUUUCGUGCUUCUCAACUUGAAGAAGAUUUCUACUGAUCUCUUUCCAUUCUCGGGGUUAAACAGCUGAUUGACAUUCUACCUUGAUUCUUUGAAAUCCUCUUACUGGCAAUCUUCUGGUCCUUUUGGACCAAAGUACAUCAAUUUUUUUCUAGUAAACACAACCAUGUCAAAGUCUUAUCAGCAGUCUUCCCUUGGUAGAGAUCGUGACUCGGCAGGAGUAGGGCUUCUAUCUCCUCCCCAAUCUUUCAAUUUGCCUGCUGCACUUGGAAGGAUGAGCCAGGGUACUGCAAGGCUUGCAAAUCUGAUGAACCUUGGAACAGCCUUGAAUCAGCAAGGAUUGUCUAACACUGGUGGCACCUCACAUGCUUUAAAUACCUUACUAAAUAUGGGAGGUAGGGGUCAGUCCUCCAUGUCUUCUCAACACCGUGGGGAGCCAGAGCGUGCCACUAAUAUUUUAGCCAGCUUUGGUCUUUCGGCUAGAGACUUGGAUGAACUGAGUCGCUAUCCAGAGGACAAAAUAACUCCUGAAAAUUUGCCCCAGGUCCUUAUGCAGCUUAAAAGGAGGCGUGCUGAAGAAGGCACUCUGGGUUUUGAUAGAUCCUCUAAAGAGGACCAGAGCUACAGAUCAUCUAGGGAUGAUUGGGACGACAUCAGGCGCUUUAGAAGAGAGGGGUUUAGUGAACGUAGUUCCACUCUCAACCCAGUGGUGGAAUACGAUCAUGGAAAAGAGUCUAGUUCUAGGUAUUUUGACAGAAUGGACUAUGAUGAAGACAGAGUAGACAGGCGUAAAGAUGAUCUUCGUUACUCAGAGUCUCGUAGUUACUUACCUGAACGUGAAAGGAUGGGUCCUGGCCCAAUGCAAGAACGGUCUCUCUUUGAGAGAAAGAGGGGAUCCCCUCCAUCUAACAGCAUUGAGGAUUUCCAUGGAUUAAUGCCAAAGAUGUUUCCCCAUUCAUGCUCUCUGUGUGAUAUGCCUGUUCACUCUGCCAAGGAGUGGAACCAGCAUUUAAAUGGACCUGUUCACAGAAGACGCUGUCAGCUUCUACUUGAAUUAUAUCCAGAAUGGAAUCCAGACAUGGGACCAUCAAUGUUUGAGCCUGGGUUUCUACAGUCUACAAACCCUGCUCCAGGGAUUCUUGGACCACCACCGGCUCCACUGCAUUUUGGCGGACCACCACCACCAAUGGGCCCACCACCUAUGGGCCCCCCACCUAUGGGACCGCCACCAGGUAUGGGUGGAGACAUGCACGGGAUGAUGAGGCCCAAUAGAAAGGAGGCUGGCAGAGUGGUUCACAUCAUGGAUUUUCAGAGAGGGAAGAAUCUGAGACAACAAUUGCUUCAGUUGGUUGAACCUUUUGGGGCUGUUAAUAACUUCCUGAUUCUGAACAAUAUUAAUGAGGCAUUUAUUGAAAUGACCACACCUGAAGAAGCCCAAGCAGUAGUUGAGUUUUACUGGGCUAGACCAGCUUUCAUUUUUGGCAAGCCAGUGAGGGUCCACCUAUCCCAGAAAUACAAAAGGAUAAAGAGACCAGAACAGAAGCAGGAGCUUGGCAGAGUGGUGCAUCUUAGUAACUUGCCAAGUAUGCAGUACUCGGAUUCAGAGUUGCUAGACCUUAUUGAACCGUUUGGAAAAGUGAAGAACUACAUUCUUAUGAGAUUAAAGCAUCAGGCUUUCUUGGAAAUGGAGACGAGAGGGGAAGCUAUAGCUUUGGUUGACAGCUGCAGGAAGAAGCCACUGCUGUUUAAUGGUAAACCGAUAAAAGUGGACUUGUCCGAAAAGUACAAAAAACUGAUUUUGAGGAUACCAAAUAAAGGGGAUUCUGAGCAGCAGAAGGAUAACAGGAAGCGAGCUCACUCUCCAGAAGGCAAAGUGUCUGCAGGCGAGAAGAAGAAGAAAACUGAGGGGGAGACUCAAAAAGAUGAUGCAGAAUUGGAAUCUGACGAUGAGGUGGUGAAUGAAGAGGAGGCAGCAGAGAUGCUUGAAAGUGCCAGCUCUGGUGAUGAGGCAAAAGAUGGAGAUGACAAGAAAUCCAAAGCUAAGAAAGCUGCACAAGCUGCUUCAAAGAAGAAGCUCCGAAAGACUAAACGUGGAAGCUUUCCAGGGCACAUGGAUGACUUUGUUACACUUGAUGAAGUUGGAGAUGAUGAAGAGGCUAAAGCUGUAUUGACUGAAGAGGAAAGAGCAGCUCAAGGUCUUUCAGAAGCGGAAGAGGGUGAAGAUGAAAUGGAGUGCAGCAUUGGACCAUACCAACCCAGUGUUUCUGUUGGAGUUGAGUAUGUGGUAGCAAAGUCUGGAUUCUACUGUAGGCUCUGCUCAGUCUUUUUCACAAAUGAAGAUGCUGCAAAAAAUGUACACUGCUGUAGUCUUCCUCAUUACCAGAGGCUGAAGAGGCUGUUGAUCCGAAAGGAACGUCAGGCAGAAGACUCGUGAAGCAUUUAAAGCAUUUUUAAAUGUGGUUAUUUGGAUGUCUGUUUAGCUGGGGAAAAUAGACAAACGUAUGCUUUUCCUUGUGUUGUGAAGUCUAAGAUAUUGUGCGUUGUAUCUGUUUUUAAUGUCCAGUUUUUUAUACAUCAGGUUUUGUUCACUUUCUUUUAAAGUUUAGGGGAGAAUUAAUUGUAUGUAGAUAGCAUAAUGAAACUUUGUAUGCCCUACCUUGUUUGUCAUUGCUGAAUUUAUGUUGUGAGCUCAGUAUUAAGUGCUAUCUAAAUUCAAUAAAGGGCACUCCUGGAGUAAA